AUGAGCUCGUUACGGAGUGAAGAUGAGAAGAACAAGUUGCGGGAGCAUGCUGUGGCACUGAUGUCAGGAAAUGACAAGGUUCGAAUCGCGCCCGCGGAAACCACCGGCGAAAACGAUUUCAAAUAUGAACAAUGGCCAAAUGUGUGUGCAGUCGUGGUUGAUAAGGGUAGCGGACGGGGGUACGCGCAGAUAACUGGAGGUGGCGAGGAGGUGCAUGCUGUCUAUACGGGCCGUGGAGAGACUGGUUAUGCUUUAGCAAACAUCUCCCAUGGCAUCAAUCUUUCCUGUGUCUUUUCCACAACAAAUUUGAUGAGGGCCUGA